AUGACGGCGAGUCGUAUGCAACGAUGGGCGCUGUUAUUAUCGGCUUAUAACUUCACUAUUGAGUAUAUAAAUACAAACGCCAACACAGCUGAUGCUUUAUCGCGGUUAGUUGAUAGUUAUAAAGCAAAAGAUAGGAGUAGCAGCAAUGAUGAUGAACCAGAGCAAACGUAUUUACAUUUUGCGUCGGAGGCAUUGAUGUUAGAUUUCAGGGAAAUAAAAAAGGAAACACAAAGGGAUCCAAUCCUCGGCCGGGUGUUAAGCUUUAUCAGAGAUGGUUGGCCAGAUGAGGUUGACAGCAAGGAACUGAAACCAUACUUUAAUAGACGACUCGAAUUAUAUUCUGAGUUAGGUUGUAUAAUGUGGGGUCAUAGGUUGGUAGUACCUAAAUUGUGUCAUAAUAAAAUUUUACAAGAACUUCAUGACGUUCACAUGGGUAUUGUUAAGACAAAAUGUAUAGCUCGUAGUUAUGUGUGGUGGCCCGGCAUCGAUGAGGCCGUGGAGGCGAUGUGCCGCGCCUGCAGCGUGUGCGCCGAGACCGCGGCAUCGCCGCCCCACCACGCACCCCAGCCGUGGCCCUGGCCAAGUCGACCUUGGUCCAGAUUGCAUUUGGAUUUUUUAGGGCCUAUAGACGGGCGUCGUUAUUUAGUUUUAAUAGAUGCUUAUUCAAAAUGGAUUGAAAUAUGUCAAAUGAACACAACUACAGCGAAUUCAGUCAUUAAUAAAUUAAGGGAGAUUUUUGCGAGGUUUGGCAUUCCCCGACAGAUUGUAAGUGACAACGGACCACCUUUCAGUAGCGAGGAAUUUCGAUUAUUUCUUAUGCAUAACGGUAUGGAGCAUUUAUUAUCGGCCCCAUAUCAUCCAGCUUCGAAUGGAGCCGCUGAAAAUGCCGUAAAAACGUGUAAAAUGGUCAUCACAAAGGCUGUCAGACAGGGGGUGAAUACAGAAGUGGCUUUACAGCGGUAUUUACUGAUGUACCGUAAUACUGAACAUAGCACAACCGGGGAAAGCCCAGCUUUGAUGUUGCUGGGGCGGUCACUGCGUACUAGGUUGGACCGACUGAAGCCCUCCCGGGAGCAGCGAGUGCAGCGGGCCCAGGAGCGCCAGCUGCGGGCGGCCGGCGGGGGGCACCGCGAGCUGCAGCCGGGCGACGCCGUGUGGUAUCGCACGUACCGGGGACCAACUAAGUGGCUAGAAGGUGCAAUCGAUGAAAGACUAGGCAGUACGGAUUACAAUAUUAUUUCCUUAGACGGCACAGUGGUACAUCGACACAUUGAUCAAAUAAAACUUAAGUCAAAACACCAUGAACCAAGUUUACCAAAAGGCACAACAACUCCUUCAAACGGUACAAGUAAGCAAGGCUUAGUAGGGUGGCCACAGUUGCCAGUGGAGUCGGAGACUGGGGGGUCGUCUUCGGACUCGGUGAGCGGGUCGAUUGGCUCUGAGCUGGGCGGCGGGGUGGAGGGCAGUGGUACUCAUAGUACAGACACAAACAGUGUUGUACCGUCCACCGGUGAACGCCGUUACCCCUUAAGGGAGAGGAAACCACCUAAUAGAUACGGCUACUCAUAA